AUGCAUUUUUAUGAUUUUUUACGUUCAGCUGCAGUUAUGCAAUGUAACAACAUGCUGAUGGUUGGUUAUGCUAUGCAUAAUUUACAAACUGACUGUACACGUUCUUUCAUCUCCACAACUAGUAACAUAGCUGGAAAAUUGAUUGUGAAAACAUCAAAAAGGAGAACUUUAUUCUUUGCUAUAGAAAUGUUGAUUCGCUAUGGCUUUAAGGGUAAACUUACACAGAGGAUUACACAAUAG